AUGAACGGAACCAAUGAUCCGUAUCAAUUACGAGAAACAAAUAAUCACAAUCAAGAUGAUUCAAAUGAAGCUGAUCAAGAUAAUUGUGUCAUUUUCAAUGAAGAAACCGUGCUGGAAACAAUAAACUCUGGCUUUAAAGCAAGUUUCACAGAAAUUUAUGAAAAUAUUGAAAAAUCACAUGAACAACAGCCACAAUCAUUAAUGAUGGAUGAAGAUAGAAAGAAAACAGAUAGUAAUAUUAAAUUCAUUAAAUACAUUCUUAAAUGGUGUAUGCCGUCUGUUAUAAUUUGGUUAAAUUUAUUGGUUCAUCCAAAUAUCCAAAUACAACGAUCAAAUGCACAAUCAGAACGAGAAAUGGGCAUAACAAAAAUAGUCCAUUUAGAUGGAGUUGUGAACGGAAGAAUUGAUGUUGUAUUAGAUACAUUAAUUGAAAAACAAAUGGACACAAUCACAUUUUUUGCUGAACACUAUUUUAUGAAUAAAUUAAAUCAACAAGUUCAGAUCAAAUCAAAAUUUGUCGCAGACUCAUGGGCAAGUCGUGCUAAUAGAAACCGAUCUUGA